AUGCAAUGAUGAAGUGAUGAAGAAAUUGGAAAAAAUCAACACAACUGAAAAAUUUGCAACACCCGAAGAAUUGGCUCAACGCAUCAAUAAAGUGCUCUAUUUUGCAACCAACACCGGCUGUGCAUUCUACAAGAACUUUUACGAAAAUACUAAAGCGAAGUUUGACCAAAUCGGACAGAACAAAAAAAUAGUCGAGAAUACACUCACCACUCUGAAAGUGAUCGAAAUUCUCGUACAAACAGCAUGUACCAACCUCGAUAUAAUCAAAGAAUCAAUGGAACCAUCAAUAAUCACACCGAUUCCAUCAGCAACUACACCGAUUCCAUCAACAACUACACCGACUCCGUCGCGCUCUUCAGCAGCACCAGCCAUUUGCCCACAACCACCAUCUCAACAAACCUCAAGUGCAACUGAACGUGGUGGCAUUAAUAUUUAUAAUUUUGGCCAUAUCUUCCACUUCGAUGCUCCAGAUAAAAAACCGUAGACAUCGAAGAGAAUCAUCAUAUUUCAGCUCGUAUGAAUCGUAUGGAUUCUUAAUUGAAUAAAUUCAUGAGAUUACAUUUUGUCAUUUAUAAAAUAUUUCAGAAUAAUAAACACAAAAUGUAUUAAAUUCAAAUCAAUUGGUUCAUUUUCUGCUUUUCGAGUAUUUCGUUUG